ACCUUCUUCCCUCCCCCCACACGCCCAAACCUCUCCCGCUCGCUAGGGUUUUCGGUACCCCUUCCCCACCCCCCCGCGCUUCCUCCCGCGACUCCUCCUCGGCAUGGCCUCCGGAGCCCUAGAGGCCGCGGAGCCCGAAGGGGCGGCUGCUCCCCCCGUCGAGGGCAAGGAGGACCUCCCCGAGAAAUUAGAAGAGGAGGAGGAGGAGGAGGAGGAGCCGGAGCCGGAGCCGGAGCAAGAGGACCGGGAGAUCGCCGCUCCGGAGGAGACCGAGGCUUCCGACGAGGAAGCGGCCGAAGAUGACGACGACGGGGACGACGCCCCGGAAGAGAAGGAGAGCGAGGAGGAUCCGAAAGGUGGGAGCUUCGUGGAGAAACGGAGCGUGCCCAAGAGGCGGAAGAGAUCGGGCGCGGCGAAGAAAGAUCCGGCGACGCCCGGAAUCGAGCGGCCCACCAGAGAAAGGAGAUCGGUGGAGCGGUAUUCCGCUCCUGCCCUCGUCAGGACGCCCUCCGGCAGGGGCUUCUCCAUCGAAAAGGGUCGUGGUAUACCGCUUAAGGACAUUCCCAAUGUUGCAUUCAAGUUAUCGAAGAGAAAACCUGAUGACAACCUGCAAAUACUUCAUGCGGUACUUUUUGGAAAGAAAGCUAAGGUGCACAGCUUGAAGAGAAACAUAGGCCAAUUUUCUGGCUAUGUGUGGACUGAGAAUCAGCAGGAAAAACAGAGAGCUAAAGUGAAGGAAAAACUUGACAAAUGUGUCAAAGAUAAGUUGAUUGACUUCUGUGAUGUGCUCAACAUUCCAAUAAAUAAGGCAGCUGUGAAGAAGGAGGAGCUUUCUGCUAAGUUGUUGGAAUUUCUGGAAUCACCGCAUUCUACUACUGAUGUUUUGCUUGCUGACAAGGAACAGGGCCAAAAGCGUAAAAGGAAGAUCACAUCAAGCAAACCUUUAGUCCCUGGAGAAGCAUCUAGUACGAUGACAGAAAAGAGACAAAAACAAGCACCUGACUCUGUGAAGAAGAAAUCAUCUGAGAUUGCUUCAGAAGAGGACGAUGAUGAUAAAGGUGAUAAUAAGGAAGUCAAGGACAAUUCUGAUGUAAAUAGUGAUGAUGAUAUGGUGUCAAAAGAGGAGAGCGGAGAUGAGAAGAGCAAGUCAGAGGAAGAGGAUACACCAAAGGAGCUGGUGUCGAAAAGUUCUUCUAGGAAAAAAACAAAGGAGAACUCAGUGUCCAAAACCAAAGAUACCUCGGAGUCUGCCAAAACGGUCACUCCUGCAAAAUCUGCCAAGAAAUCGUCCACCUCAGCCUCAAAGAAGAGUACUGUAGAUGGGGUUGGUAGUAGAAAAUCACUUUCUAAGUCAGAAGGAUCCAUGUCGAAGAAACAAAAGAUUGAAAAGAGCAAUCAAAACGACCAGAGUGUUUCCUCAAAGGCGAAAACCUCUAGCAAGAAACAGUCUACCAAACCGUCAACUGAGGCCUCAGUCAGGGAUCGAGGGAAAGGCAAAAGUAGCAAAAAGGCGAAAGCUGAACCCAGCAGAAAAGAGAUGCAUGCUGUUGUCGUGGAUAUUCUCAAGAAAGUGGACUUCAAUACUGCAACCUUAUCCGACAUUCUCCGGCAACUUGGUACCCACUUUGGUGUGGAUCUGAUGCACAGAAAGGCAGAAAUCAAGGAUAUAAUUACUGAGGUCAUAAAUAAUAUGACUGACGACGAGGAUGAAGGCGAUGACGAGGAAGCUGAGGAUAAGGCCGACGCCGAUGACAAUGAAUGAGAAGUGAAUAGGGAUCCGAUUCUCAAGUUUGAUUUAGUUCAUCAGAAUUACAACAGGCAUGGCAAUUUCUAGGUAGAUUGUAGUUUCUGCGAGCAAGCGAGACUGGCCGGUUAGUUCUUGUGAAUUAGUUGGAAGAGAUCAGUUUGUACCAUAUAGCUCCAGACUGGCUUUUCAGAGGUAGAGUAGACCUUGCUGAUAUGGUUUUGUUAGCUUAAUCCCUCCUUUCCCCCUCCAAGAUUUUCUUCCUCAAAGGUGUAAAAUGAAUUAGCGGACGGGGACUGCCUGUCGAGAUUGGUUAACAUUGUGAAUGAAUUUUAGACGUCAAUAAUGAGACUGAGCAUCUUGGAGACUAA